CUGAUCUCGGCCACCAAUGCGACCAAUGUGAACAUCCCUCCAGAUGGCUUGACACUUUGCUUUGAUUGUACUUCUUGGGCCACCCAAUUGCCACGCUGGAUUGUCGUCUUCAAGGCCCUCGUCACCACACACCAUAUGUGUGUCCAUGGCAACGAGGUCAGAUGACAACAAUUUAGUACACCACCACAAUAAAAUCAAAUUUGACUGUUUCAGAGCCACGGACAGCUACACAGCACUCUUGACGAAUCCCAGGGGGAGCUGCGAGUG